CGGAGCGGGAUGACGCCAAUAUGAAUCCCUUGAAUUGUCGGCGUUUUCUACGUUAAGAAACAGCAGAAAGCAAUGGCGCCUGCACACCCACUUUGCACUUCCAUCCGCGCAGCGCGUUCUGCUUGGAGCGUCAAGUAUUUCCGUCGCGUAAUGGCUAACAUCUACUUGCUAGCUGUCCGAUCAGCAUGCGUUUCCGCGUCGGGCUUUCACGCUCCCUUUCCCGGUCGAAUAGUUCAGAUGGAAAGACAGACGGACGGACAGACUGGCCUAGUGUGUUUAAAAAGGGCCGCAGCUCGGCAUGUCCUCCGAUGACAGCAGCCAUUUGAGAAGCUGGGUCGUGGCAAAGGGGAAACCACCACCGGACACACGAGCGGGUUUCGACUGCCGGACAACGAGUAGGCAGCUGGCGUUUCCAUCUUCGGUGAAUCCUGAGGAUGUGAGCAAAUUGUGGAGUAAUGAGAGUGAGGCUGUAAAGGAGGUCACAGGAGCAGGGAUGGAGAGCGUAGACCUCAGAGCUGAAGUGGUACGCCUGACUCUCGAGCUCCAGGAGGCCACAGAGGAGAAGCUGCAGGCCGCCCGCUAUGGGCUGGUGGUGCUGGAGGAGAGUUCAGCCCUCAAGAUCAAAAAUCAGCAACUGGAAGAGGAGCUUGAAGCCCUCAAAGUGGAACUGCAGCAGCUCAAAGAGGCCUUUGCAGAUUCUGUGAGUAGCCAGAAGCGCGCAGCCGCGGAUGGAGAAUGCCGGGAGGAGAGUCUGCUGCAGGAGACGGCAUCGAAGGAGGCUGCCAUGGCAACGCGCUUGGAAGAAGUCCAGGGAGAACUCAAGCAAGCACGACUGGCACUCGGAAAUGCCCAUGCGGAGAUUGAAAGGCUUGGGGUUGUCUCAACUCAGCUAAAGAAGGACUGUGCGUGUUUGGAGGCAGAGAAAGGGCACCUGAGGGAUGAGAUGAAGGAAUUUAAAGUGCGUGAGCUGCGCCAAUUGCAGGACAAUGGCGAGCUGGAGGAAGAGAACACAUCUCUUCAAAAGCAAGUGUCUGUGCUCAAGGAAAACCAGGUGGAGUUUGAAUCAUUAAAGCUUGAGCUGAACCAAAAGAACGAAGAGCAAGAGGAGCUGCGGGCCCAGAUGGGGGAGGCCGCGAGGCUGCGCGAGAUUGCCGAGCAUCAGUUGGACGAGGUCCUGGAAUCCCUGAAGGAGGAGAGGGAGCAGAAAAACAGUCUCCGCCGAGAACUCUCGGCUUUGACUCUGAACCCUUUUGAUUCUCUGGGCAACCUGGAGCUCCACUUGGACCACCUGAAUGACAGCCAGGAGGAGGGCCGCACCGGAGAGUCUAACGUUCAGGCAAAUGACCAGGACGCCGGUCCCAAUUCGGCUCACGUCGGCAACGCCAAAACUAAUGGCGUCACACAACGUUAUGCCACUCCACGCAACAGUGACAUAUUUCUGCGCGCUCCAGCUUCUGGUCUUGUUUCCGACCUCCUGAGUGAGCUCCACUUUUCAGACAGCCAGAAACUUAAACAGCAACUCCUUCAGGCAGAAAGAGAAAAGUCGAGUCUCGUCAGCAAGGUGGAAGAAUUGCAGAUGCAGCUGGUGAUGUCCAAGCAAGCACUGAGUCAGCACGAAGACAAAGUCGGGUCUCUCACCCAACAGCUGGAGGCUGUGCAGAGCCGCCAACAAAACAACCAGGAGGCAGACGAAGAGGAGGCCAGGACUGCGGAUGCUGCUGACGUCGUCUUUGACUACGAGGUCGACACAAAGAGCAAAGAAGUGCUGGAGGCACGUAUGCGUUCGGCCAGCGAAGAGCUUCUGAAGCUGCGGGAUGAACUGUCUCAAGCGGGCACUCGCUAUAACACCCUGGAACAACGAUACAAACAGGAGAAGGACCGCUGGCGAUCGGAGGCCCAGGAGCUGGCUGACAAGAUUCGCCAGUGCAUCAAGUCCAGCAGACAGGACCAGGAGCGGAUCAGUGAACUGGAGGUUGAGAUUGGAGCCACACGCAAAGUGGCCAGCGAUUCUGAAGGCCAUCUGAGCGUGGCGCAGGAAGAGCUGCUCGCCUUUUCUGAGGAGCUGUCCAACCUCUACCACCACAUUUGCGUGUGCAACAACCUGACACCCAAACGGGUCACGCUGGACUAUUACCGUGAAAGCGCCAGGGCACAUGGCGGAGCUGGCGCAAGAAGGCCGCUCCACAUCUCCACCCCGCCUACCUCCCAGAAGAAGCCACGCGCCAAUGACACCUUCAUCUCCAAAGCGGCGGCGUUGCAGUUUAUGGGCGAGGUGGACAGUUCGGGGUCCUCCGUUGACUCUCCUAGUUGCCCCGGUUCCCCCAAUCUGGAUUUCAGGGACCCCUCCAAUGUCCGCAAUUUGGUUGCGGUCAUCAGAUGCCAGAUCAAACACCUCCGGGUGGCAGUGGACCUGUGUCGCCAGCGGGGUGCCAUGCCUUACUCGGGGCUGAGUAGCAGUGUGGAGAUGGAGAGGGAUGCUGAAAGCCUGCUGGAGGAAGUACUCAAGCUCAAGUCCCUUCUUAGCACCAAGCGAGAACAGAUUGCUACUCUCAGAACGGUGCUCAAGGCCAACAAACAGACGGCUGAGUUGGCUUUGUCCAAUUUAAAAAGCAAGUAUGAGACCGAGAAGAGCAUGGUGUCUGAAACCAUGAUGAAACUCCGCAAUGAACUCAAAGCAUUGAAAGAAGAUGCAGCCACCUUCUCUUCACUCCGAGUCAUGUUUGCUAGUCGGUGCGACCAGUAUGUCACCCAGCUGGAUGAAAUGCAGAGGCAGCUAGCAGCCGCCGAGGAUGAGAAGAAGACACUGAAUUCCCUGCUUCGCAUGGCCAUCCAGCAGAAACUGGCCCUAACUCAGCGCCUGGAGGAUCUGGAGGCCCCCCACUCUCCUCACAGCUUGAACAGCAGCCCUCGCCGCUCCAGAGCCAAGGAGCUGGCCACCAAAUCGGGACGGGCGCCACGCAGCCCCAGAAACAGUCCGGCGCGCGUGCCCCUGAGGAGCAGCCCUCGCGCUAGUCCCGUUCUGGGGAGCAGCGUUCCCGUCAUGGCCACGCACCACCUGCGAGCUCUCACGCGAAGCCUCCACACAAGCCCACGCUGAAGCACUCCAUUACACCAACCCCUGUGUUCUCCGCAAGGACCCGUCUUCAUGUUGACUCCCCGGUUCCCUCCUCCCUUCCUGCCUCGAGACAUCCUGUUCAUCCCAGAUGUGCUGCUGCUUUCCCCGCAGAGAUGGACUUUUAAAAAGUAAAAUACAGCUCUCAUCCGACUCGCUUGCAUGCAGCCUGGAGGAGGAUGAAGAGAAAUAUGCGCUGCUUAUUCUUACUCUUAAUAUUAUUAUUAAGUGAAGUCAUUGACUGUGUCGUGUCCUAUGUGGUCUCAACUUCCAUCUGGUCUUGUGUAUCAAGGCUGUGCUGUGAGUUACCAUCGACAGUAUUUAUUCCAUUCAUCUACUGUGUUGACUGUCCUUCCAUUCAAGCCAAAAUCUCCUUAAGUGAGAUACGUCUUUGCAAUCUUGCCUUCAGCUUAACCAUGUGACCCCCGCCACCCUGCCCCAAGUUUGUUUUACACGGCAAUGCAGCCUUACUGACACUGUUGUUCUCCAAUAAGUCACAAGCUUGUUGUUAUUUAUCUCGGGGCUCCUUCAGUAAACAAGCGUUCCAAUCACAUUUUUAAAAUGUUUGGUUAUGCGUCUGUGGCCUGACCCACAAACCUUUUAACUAUUUGUCUGCAAACAAUCUUUUCUUGAACAGUGAGCCAUAAAGUUCUCCACCACAGGUAGAAAAUCAAUCAAUAAAUAAAUACAUCAUUGUGAUACAUUAUAAGGAAAAUCUUAGAUGCGCAUUUUAUUUUGCAGGCAGUCUCCAAUCUGAAAUGCACCAUUACUGGUAAAAGUCAUGAAGGUUCUCCCACAAUUUGCAAUUCGUCAAAGGUUGUAGCAGAAUCGUUAAGGGCAAGCUUUCACUUUCCUGACUCCAUUCAUAAAGCUUUGUCGAGCAAAUGUUGCUCAUUUCUCGGCUGUAUUUUAUCUCCAGAGUCUCCUAUCUGCCUUUUCUCCCGCCUCUGAACAUCCAAGAUGUUGCUUGAUGUGCAUUUAGAGGAGAUGCGGUGUCACCAUCUAGGUCAGGAAAAGUAUCUUCAGUUCCGUCCACUGAGACGACGACUAAGGCAAACAAGCAAGCCCUCUUGACAUUUCAUGUGUCGCAUAUGUCCACAAUUCACUUUUGCCAUGUUAACAAGAACAUUUCCAAUGUUAAUUAGGGAUAUUUGCAACAGUUUUGUAGAUAUCUGUAGCUCCAGUUUGCGAUUUAAUAAUGAAUUUCCCUCAAGUCAAGCAUCUCUCUGCAUGUCCCUUUUCAGAUAGAAUGACCACUCAAAAGGAUGUAGAUCGCUCAAAUUGGAAUAGGAUAUUACAUAACUAAAUGGCUGAUAUCUCUAAUUCAGUCUUGAAUAGCUCUAUCUGUUGAUUCAGUGGUAGCCUUGAGCAAGUUACUGAUCUCCCCAGUUGCUCCUGAUGCUGCGUCAUCACUUGGUAAAUGAGCGAAUCGUGCUUUGGUAUCAAAGGUAGAAAAGCGCUAUACAAGUGAAAGCCCAUUUAGUAGUCACAAUUACUUAAUAGAUAUCUUGAAUUAAAACAAAUCCAACUACGGUAUUCCAAAUGUGCUUUCAACUAGUUGAGGAGAAGUUACAGAUAUCUACAAUUCGAGCUGCGGACAGUUUUGCGGUCAAGUUUAGUGUUUCCCUGUUGCCGAGCAUGUCUGACUUAAAGGAAGUACGUGGAAGAAAAUAGAAAUGGUUCUUUGUUGGCUGGAGCUCAGAUCACGAAAUGCAGUAAAAGUCACAAGGUAGACUAGACACACAGUAAAUGUACAUGUUGACACGUCACAAUUAUUCACCUGGGAAUAACUGUUACAACAAAAACCGAGUGCAAAGCCAAUAGAGGCCACCUCCUGUUAAUUUCUUUCAUUUGUGCCUUUUGUUUUUGUCUGCUGUUUGAGACUGCUGUUUUUUUGUGUGUGUGUUUUUCAGCGUAUCACUGGAGCUUAUGAAUUCUUUUUGUCAUUUAAUCCUGUAAAUGAAGACCACGUGUUCCACUUAAUCACAUAUAAUAAUUGCUAUGCGAAUGGUGUGAUGGGUUUGUGUCAAAACUUUCACCCAUGGGAUAUUUCCCCCCCCCUCAACUACUGUACUGCCAUCAUUGCACUCAAAUGAUUUGGGAGAUCAAAUUGAGAUUCUGGUAACUUUGAACUGAAAUGGUCACCCAGAGUUGUAAAGAACCGAAGAAUCAAUCUGUUCAAUUGCUUCUGAAGCACCAACACAAACUUGCAGUUCACCACAUUUGUAGCUAGGUCACCACCCACUAGAGGAGGUGGUAAAUGAUUCCUUUUCCAGAGCAAUCAGGGAUUUUUUUAAAUUGGAGAUUGUCUGACAUAAACAUGUGAACCAUCACUCCAUUUGUUUUUGUUGCACUUGAAGAUUUAGAGUAGCCUCCUUUAAUAUAGCUUUGCAAUACUGAAGAUUGAAGUCUUCUCCCCCCCACCCCCCAUGACGUGGAAACUGCGCAGCACUGAAUAUGGUAGAUAUUAUAUUUUCACUUUUCACCACUUUUCUUUGGGUGUGUUUUUGCUGACAAAGCAAUGACUGACGAAAUGAAUGAUCUCUAUAUAUUUUGAAUCCGUUGUGAUCCUGAUUACACACAAGAACAAACGGCAUGGGAGGCAUUGUAAGGAUAUUUGCUUCGAGGGGGGACUUGGUUUUAUUCAUCUGUGCAACUUCUAGCUAAAAAGUGAAAUUAUUUGACAAGAGUGUUCUAACUUUUGAAGGCAAAACGAAUUUGUUAUUCUAUUUAAUUAAAUCAAUGUAAUUUAAUUUCUAUUGAGGAUUUUUUUGCUGUAUUUAUGUGCUCUGGUUUCUGUAUAAAUAGCCCAAGUGCAUUAUGCACACACUCCUGCAGUUUUGUUUGUACGCCCAGUCUGUUCAUUCUCCUGCAAACCAGAAUAAAGCAAACCAACACGGUACAGUGUACACCGACUGAA